CCUCCACCUCCACCUCCGAUGGACAACGCCCAGCAGCAAUCCCAGCCCGCCCCCUACCCGCCACCUCCUCCGCAGCAAGCGGCCGCCGGAGCCCUACCAGCGGCACCGUUUCACCAGCUGCUGCAGCAGCAGCAGCAGCAGCAGCUGCAGAUGUUCUGGUCUUACCAGAGGCAAGAGAUCGAGCAAGCCAAUGACUUCAAGAACCACCAGCUCCCUCUGGCCCGGAUCAAGAAGAUUAUGAAGGCCGACGAGGACGUGCGCAUGAUCUCCGCUGAGGCUCCCAUCCUCUUCGCCAAGGCCUGCGAGCUCUUCAUACUCGAGCUCACCAUCCGCUCCUGGCUCCACGCCGAGGAGAACAAGCGCCGCACCCUCCAAAAGAACGACAUCGCCGCCGCCAUCACCCGCACCGACAUCUUCGACUUCCUCGUCGACAUCGUUCCCCGUGACGAGCUCAAGGACGAGGCUGCCUGCCUCGGCGCCGCCGUGGUUGGGCCGCCGGCGAGCGGGGUCCCCUUCUAUUACCCUCCGAUGGGGCAGCCCGCCGCACCGGGGAUGAUGAUCGGGCGCCCCGCCCUCGACCCCGCCGAAGGAGUCUACGCGCAGCCUCCUCCGCCGUCGCAGGCGUGGCAGAGCGUGUGGCAGACUGGCGCGCCCGACGACGGCGCAUACGGCAAGCCGGGGGAUCUCGAUGGCCAAGGGUAUUGACUGUGUAUCUUCUCUGGUGACGCACAGUUGAAACGAGCAGACUGAUACUAAGGACUUAACAUUAGGAUUUUAUCUGAUGCGGCGAAGGGUUAAUGAGCUUUGCUGAUGUUAACUGGAUUUUUUAUCAACACCAUGCAACUCUUCAUUAUAUUGUGUGUGGGCAAUGUUGGUUAGAAAAUGUAUUGACUUCCACCAAAAACUUGUGAGGACUCAGAUAACUUAUUGAGUGCAGCAACAGAAUGGCUGCUAUGACUCAGAUAACUUUAUGAGAAGUUGACUUAUGAUUAUCAAUGGAAGUGGAAGGUACAUUUCUUUCUCCCUUCUAAUCUUCAAUUUGGCUUC